CCGCGAACGGCGAUGGGCGAUGUCUGUCUGACGACGUAUUCUCCGCAUCGUGGAGGUAUGUGUGCAUGGAUGUAGGUGCGGCGACCUCUGAGUCUAUGUGAACCCAUAGAUUGGGAGGACUAUGCGCAUCGCUGGUCUCUUCGUCUGUUCAGCGUUCACGUUUUCGUACGCCGCUUUACUAUGUCAAAGUCUACACAUCAGGCCAGUGGUUGCCGUGGAUCCUCCCAUAGUGCGGACAGUAUUUCCAGAGCGUGUGCGUGGAAAACGGUGGGACGCAUACCCAUUCCGUGGGCUUCCAGAGCCCCAAGUAGAACUGCGACUGGACGAAAAGCUUACAGUCAGCCUCCUUCUUGACACUGGCUAUGAUGGGCUGCUCGUGCUGCACUAUCGGGCAUCGAAGCUGCCUAAUGAAACUGAACUGUGGUCAGACACUGGCAGCAAUACGGCCUGCCACUAUGUGGGUGCAGUGAAUGGGGAUCCUCAGUCUCGGGUCAUGGUCAGCCUCUGCCGUGGCAUGCUGGGGUAUAUCGAGAGCUCCUCGGAAGGAUUGCUCACUAUUGAGCCACAAGACGAAAGCGCACUUAACGAUGUCGCACAUCCACCACACAUUCUUCGCAGGCUUCUGCCUCCUAGGAAUGAGACACAGGCACCAAAACCACGGCGGAACAAAAGGUCCUACUCAGUGGAGCAGCACUUGGAAGUUCUGGUGGCUGCAGACAGCAAAAUGGCUCGCUACCACGGGAAGAACUUGAAACAUUAUAUUCUCACUCUAAUGGCAGCAGUAGCACACAUCUACAGGGACCCUAGCAUUGGCAAUCUCCUCAACAUUGCUCUUGUCAAAUUGGUCAUCAUGCAAGAGGAGGAGGAUCGAGAAAUCAUUUCACAGAGCGCCUCCGACACGCUGAAGAAGUUUUGCCGUUGGCAGCAGGACCACAACCACCUGGACGACACCCACCCUUACCACCAUGACACUGCGAUUUUGCUCACUAGAGAAGACUUAUGCAGACUGCCAAAAACAUGCGAUACUCUCGGUCUUGCACAGUCUGGCAUGAUAUGCGACCCCUACAGCAGUUGCUCCAUUGUUGAGGACAAUGGGUUGAGUGCUGCCUUCACCAUCGCCCACGAGCUGGGACACGUACUCAACAUCCCACAUGACGACGAUGAAAAAUGCCUCCGUCACCACUCGGGCAGCCGGCCACUUCACGUGAUGGCACGCAUGCUGGAUUAUAACAGUCACCCCUGGUCAUGGUCAUCCUGCAGCCGUCACUUCCUCACCGCCUUCCUUGAUGCUGGAUAUGGAGAGUGCCUUCGUGAUGCCCCCACCAAAGACCUGGUGGCUGGACGUGUUGGCACACAGCCAGGUGAAUUAUUCAACAUGGACGAGCAAUGUGAACUGGUGUUUGGGCCAGGUGCCAGGGUUUGCCCCUACAUGCCUGUCUGCGGACGACUGUGGUGCACCGUUCGGGGGAACCUAGAAGGCGGCUGCCGUACGCAGCACAUGCCUUGGGCAAAUGGGACUCCAUGCAGUCUGCACAAUCCACAGAAGUGGUGCCAGAAAGGACUUUGCAUCCCAAUAACGAAUGAAAUAACUCGACAAGCGGUGGAUGGCGAAUGGGGUCUCUGGCAGGACUACGGUCGGUGCAGCCGCACGUGUGGUGGCGGUAUCCAGAGCUCUUCUCGGGAAUGUGACAACCCCAGGCCCGCUUUUGGAGGACGUUAUUGCCUUGGAGAGCGUGUCCGCUAUAGAUCCUGUAAUACCCAGCCAUGUCCAGUGGGAUCCCAAGAUUUCCGUGAAGAACAGUGCCAGGCCUUCAAUGGUAUGACAGCUGGCCUUCCAGAUGUGCCUGCUGGUAGCAAGUGGACGGCCCAGUAUUCCGACAUUGCUCGGGCAGACUGGUGCAAGUUGUACUGCCGGGUUGUGGGUAGAGGGGCUUACUAUGUGCUCAAGGAAAAAGUGGUGGACGGCACCCGGUGCAAUUUAGAGACAUUUGACGUCUGCAUAAAUGGCUUCUGCAAGCCAGCUGGGUGCGACCAUCGUCUGAACUCCACAGCCAAGCCUGACAUGUGUGGCGUCUGUGCUGGAGACAAUUCUACGUGCAAGACUAUAAAGGGUCACUACUCUCGAGCCCAAUUUGGGUACAAUCUUGUGGUGAAGAUCCCAUCAGGGGCCAGUUAUAUGGAUAUCAGGCAGUACGGAGCAGAAAAAGAUGACAACUAUUUAGCCCUGCGGGACAGUCAGGAAGAGUACCUCCUCAAUGGAAACUUCACCGUGAGCGUGUUUAGGAAGACACUCCAUUAUGGGGGAACCUUAAUUGAAUACAGUGGAUCGAAUGCCUCAGUGGAGCGUAUCAAUGCCACCAAACAGUUAGAAAGUGAAUUGCAAGUCAUGGUCCUUACUGUAGGAAACGUGGUGUCACCUGACAUUCGAUACGAGUAUACAGUAUCGGUACAAGCAAAGCAGGAGUACACAUGGGAAGUGGACGACCAGUGGUCUCAGUGCAGCCAUAUCUGUCAGGGGCGCAGGGUGAGAGCAGGCACGUGCAGGCACAUCACAGAUGGUGUCGUCGAUGAAACAAAAUGUCACCAACAUCCCCCUGCUCUGGCUGAGGCCUGCAAUGGCCAUUGUACCCUCAGAUGGAAAAUAAGUGCUGCAUCCGAGUGCUCUGCACGCUGUGGCCCAGGCACAAGGACUCGCACUGUGCAGUGCAUGCAGGUGUUUGAGGAUGGCCAGGAGACAGCCGUUGCAGAGAGCCAUUGCCAACAUUUGGGGCCUCGUCCUCCGGAGCAGGAGAAAUGCAACCAUCCCUGUCGAAUCUUCCACUGGGAAUAUGACGACUGGCAGACCUGCAGCAAGACGUGUGGCAGUGGGGAACAGAUAAGAACAGCAGUGUGUGUAGGUGAUGAUGAGGUUGCCUAUCCAGACGCACGUUGCGACCAGGCAGUGCGUGAGGACCGACGUCCAUGCAACGUGGCUGAUUGCCCACGCUGGCAAGUGGGACCCUGGACUCAGUGCUCGGUGACGUGUGGCGAAGGGAUCCGUAGGCGACCCCUGUGGUGUCAACAUGAACAAUACAAGGUUGCAGGCUCCUUCUGCCCCCUGGCAACCAAGCCUGCCGACUCUGAGCCCUGCAGGGGUCCGCCCUGCCACCCUCAUCCCGAGUCAGAGCUCGGCACAACUGUAAUGACAGCCAAAUGCCCGGCAUGGUGUUUACAGAACGUGACCUGCCACCUGCCCGAGGCAACGUGUGUAUCUCCUCCAGAGUGCAGCCAGUGCCCACGAACCAUCUGGCAAACGGCACCUUGGUCUCAGUGCUCGGUGACAUGUGGCCAUGGUGUACGCAAGCGCAGAGUCAUUUGUGUGAACCAGACUGCUGGCACACCCACCACAGAUGAUGAGUGUGUCCAGGACCAAAAGCCCAAGGCACUGGAGCACUGCACUCUACAGCCCUGUCAUCAGCAGGAUGGACCUUCCCUUGCUUGGCAGCAUGGAGAAUGGGGUCCAUGUUCCGUGACUUGUGGACGAGGUGUCGCAACGAGGUGGGUUCGUUGCAGUGUCGAGGGUGCAGAAUGUUCACAGGAUGAGCGUCCUCCUGGUGAGCGUGUGUGUCAACAGGAACCGUGUGACCUCUCUGUAGGCAACUACGUGGAGGGCCACAGACGAUGGAAAGUUGGCACUUGGGGAGUGUGCUCCCGAAGCUGUGGUGGUGGACACCAACGAAGACAGGUGAUCUGUGUUGACGACAUGGAAAGCAAGAGCUCGUCGUGUCCCUUAAAGGGAAGGCCUCCCGAGAGUCGAGCAUGCCACGUUGAGGAUUGCCCAAAGUGGGCUCUGGGAACCUGGUCCCAGUGCAACACAGAUUGUGGAGAGCAGAGACGUCGUGUGGUGUGCCAGGACUGGGCAGGUGUUUCGCAGUCUGACUCUCGCUGUUCCAAGCCAAAGCCACAGGAAGUGAGACCUUGCGACUCGCGGGAUUGUGCGCAACCACCGUACCGUUGGCAAUCUGGAGCAUGGUCCCAGUGUUCUGCAACUUGCGGUGAUGGGGUGAUGCAUCGCAGCGUGGAAUGCUUGGACGGAGGCCAUAGGCCUGUGCCCUAUGUUCACUGCAAAGAGGAAGCAGCUCCUCCAGACAAGCGUGACUGUCGUCUGGCUGCUUGCCCUCGCUGGCAGAUGUCUCCAUGGUCACCGUGUUCGGCACCUUGCGGCAAUGGUACUCACAAGAGAGUGGCUCGUUGCAUGAAGCGAGGCCGAGAAGUAUCUGCAGAGAGCUGCUCUGGACCCCGACCAGGCAGUCAGGUGCGGCCCUGCUUCCUGCGACCCUGUCACUACCGCUGGAAGAAAACCCGCUGGACACCCUGUAGUGCAACCUGUGGAGGAGGAUCCCAGACACGCAGAGUGGGCUGUGUGGACCGAGGGAACCGCCCUGUGGCAGAGCGUUGGUGUGGUAACCAGAGGCGGCCACGUGUCGUGCGUCACUGUGCCCCAGAACCUUGCCCUUUGGCAUGGAGAAGUGGUGACUGGUCAGAGUGCAGUCGCACGUGCGGUGAGGGAGUGCAGGUGCGCAGGGUGACAUGUCACCGGGUCAACACAUACGGAUGGCUAGACCCCAUCCCACUAGAGUCUAGCACCUGCCCUGCCGAAGUACGCCCCACGUCCAGUCGUUCCUGCCAGGUAGGCCUUUGUGAGGAAGAUGUGUUCUGGAAGCCUGGACCUUGGUCUGCUUGCUCUGCUUCCUGUGGUCUCGGACGGCAGAAACGUCGCCUGCGUUGCUACGACAGUCAUAACAAGCGGGUGCAUAACUCCAAGUGCAGGGCGGCACUCAAGCGUAAGCUAGGACGCAAGAGGAAAUGUUUCCUUAGGCCUUGUGGGGCUUUAAGCUGUCAGGAGUUCCAGGACCGGAUGGGUGUACGGACAGACGGAGAGCAGGAGAUCUACGUACGGGGCCGUGCUGUCUCAUUGUACUGCGGUCGAAUGAACACUACAAGCCCCCAAGAAUAUAUCUCUCUCAGCAGUGGAGAAAGCAGCAAUUACUCUGAGGUCUAUGGGAAAAGGCUUGCCAACCCAGACACUUGUCCAUAUGGUGGAGCCCGAGUUGACUACUGUGACUGUUUGGAUGAUUACCCUGCUGGCCUCACGACCUUCUCCAAGGUUGCCCUCAACAUGUCCAGCCUUCAGGUGGACUUGCAAGACCUGACCUACAGCCGCACUCUGCAUGGUCGACCUGUGGGCUUCGCAGAAGCUGGGGACUGUUACAGCAGAACACAAUGUCCCCAGGGACGGUUUUCUGUCUCACUGGCUGGGACUGGCUUUGCUGUUGACGCACAAACCAAGUGGAUCACCCAGGGUGCUCAUGCUACCAUUGCCAUUAGACGACUUGAGGGCGGGGAAGUGAUCCAGGGACGCUGUGGUGGAUAUUGUGGGAAGUGCUUCCCAGACGCUACAACUGGUCUCCUGUUGGAUGUGCGGCCACCCUGACGUUCUUUUCAUUAAACGAAGAGUUAGAUCUGUUACGUCGUACAGCAAGACCGAUACAGUAUUGACUGAGGACAUCUCGUUGUUCCAUGGUGCUGUUAUUUUGUGCCAUACACUCAAAGGCUAAACGUGUCUAGCAGCUCUAGGAAUGUGUUGACAACAUAGUGGCAACUUAUGAUGGCAGCUAAACUUGGCAUUUCUUUACUCGUGGCCUUUUUUUUCUGCGCUAUUUAUUAUCCUGCUGUUGUUACCUUACAUUUGUGUGUCCAGCCAACAUCUUGUUACAACCUCCAAUGUUAGUGCCAACAAUGGCAAGUUACUUGCAGUCUGUUUUUUCCCCCCCACCUACCUCAACCCUCUUACGGUUGUACGAGGACCACACGUUGAUGCGCACAAAGGCGUUCCACAGGUGCAGCUGCAGUCACCGAUCCAUUUUUUAAACCACUCGCUUCAUCACUGCCAAAGCACAAGCCACCUGUACAUAAAUCAUUGGCAGACACUGCCUCUUUUACCACGCUGCCUAACUCGUCUGACGAGUGCUUCGCAAGUUUUUGUACAAUAAAUACUACGAUACUGCA